AUGCGAUGGCCAUUCGCCUCGAUGUCUUGGCCCGGGCUGGGUCCAUCACCGUCACUGUCGACGAUGGUUCUGUUCGCCUGCGCGACUCGCCUUAUUCCAGCUGGUUCUGAUGACCCUGACCUGCCUGCCUACACCUGGCUGCCGCCCGAGCGGCAGUUGCCUCGUGAUCCGUGCCGUCCGUCCGCAGGACCUCAUCUGAACGUUGAGCCGUUGAAGGCGAAGUGCAAGCCUAUCAUGCCUCAAAGCGAGUUCUACGAGCUUUGGCACAUGUUAGGCCGGCAGUGA